AUGGCAUUGACAAAGCUGCCACCUGUGUCCGACGUACCGAAGCUGUCCACAGAAGAGAGAGCGAAAAUCCUGGACCUCUUGUUUGAGCCAAGUACUCAACUGCAUACCUUAUCCGUACCUCUGUUGCACGACAAGGAGUUUGUUUCGUACGAUGAGCUCAUUGCUGCAGUCGGCGUGCAGCUGACCGAGCUGUCUGAGUCCGCUUCCACCUCGGACACUCAGUGGCUAGAGAGCAUCCUCGGCUCGCAUCCACGUCUCGGUGCGAAGAAAGUCGAAAGUGCACAAAGUCAAGCCGAGCAAGCGCAGUUGCAAGGCAGCCGUGAGGAAGCCGAACAUUUAGCGGACCUGAACGCAGAGUACGAGAGAAAGUUUCCAGGAUUGCGCUAUGUUGUCUUCGUCAAUGGCCGGAGCAGACCCGUCAUAAUGGACGAUAUGAGGAAGAGGAUGGCAAGCAGUGAUCUCAAGACUGAGCGGGCUGCUGCUAUAAGAGCUAUGUGCGAGAUUGCAGCCGAUCGCGCAAACAAGCUGUCUUCCUGA